AGGGAGCUUUUCCGUCGACAAGAACGGUCUCGGUUGCCAGUCAGGUGGACAAUGCGUGCGGAAGAUAGACCCAUUGAAAAAUCGGAGGAAUAGCAGAUUUGCUUCUUUUUUCUCUCAUGGCACUUCAUUCUCUUAUCCUCUUCAUGUCGGAAAAACUCAACCGGAAAAAGAAGAAUGAGGUAAGCCUGAAGAAGUUCAGGCUGAAAAACGCAAACUUCAUCCCUUGGUGUAAAAGAAAACUUAGCACCAGAGCAGAGAUCCAAGAAUUGGACAAUGGUUUUUUUGAGAAGUUUGGCACACUUUUGAAUGACCAAGAUGAUAAAGGGGAGAAGAUCGAAGAAACGACAGCAGAAGAAGAAGAGGAGUCGGACAAAGAGAUCGAAGAAGAAGAGACAGGAGCUAUCAUAUCCGACGUCAUCGGUCUGAACAUAGACGAAUUGUAUGAAGAGGUUUUGUAUGAGAUAUUACAUACCGUUGGCUGUGAUUCUGAUUAUGACAAUGAGACUUUAUUUUCAUAUUUGAAAGAUGCGUUCAAGAUGGAUGAAGAAAAGCACGCGGAAGCGAUGAGGGUCGCCAAAGAAAAAGAAGCUCCAAACAUACUUUUAAACGUUGAGGUGAUCAAGGCGAAAGACUUGUAUCCAAAAGAUGCAAAUGGUUUAAGUGAUCCAUUUGUAACUUUGUACCUUACAAAGAAUGCAUCGCACAGGUACAACACUUCAGUUAAAUCUGAAACCCUUUCACCAUCAUGGGAGGAAUAUUUUUCUUUACCAGCAGAGGACACUUCAGAUGAUACAUUGGCAAUAGAAGUCUGGGACUUUGAUCCAGCUGAAACGGUUAGAGAAAAAAUGAGCAAAAUAACUGGUGUUAAGGGUGUAAAAGGUUUACGCAAAUUGAUGAAAGAGAUUGCUGUGACUGCUUCAACAGGAAAGCACGACAAUGAAAUCAUUGGAUUUGUCAAUAUCCCUUUGAAGUCCAUUCCUUCCUCUGGGCACGUUAAAUGGUACAAUUUAGAAAAGAAAACCUCACGAACCAAGUCGAGCCGCGGAGCUGUCCAGCUGAAGCUUGCUUUCAGUUCAGAGAAAAACAACCAAGUAGCUGCACAAGAGCAUAGACAUUUGAUGAGGCUUUUAGUUCUACAAGAGAUGGAACACAAUAAACCUGAUUUGGAAACUUGGGAUGGCACGUUCACCGGACCGGCAGAUGUCAUUUUAAGGCAGCAUGCAGCACAAAGUGGUUUACGACCAGCAGAUGAAAGAAUGGCGCAGUGGGUCGAAUACAUACGUCUCCAUGUAAAUCAACCACUGAACUUUAGACUUCUCUCGAGUAUCAUAACCAGCAUUGUUGAUCCCUUGCAUAAUGGACUUUACUCAGAUGAUGAGAUAAGAUUAUUUUGGGAUGGAACUAAAAGACUGCUGCCAUCAAUUUUUGGAAACCUCCGUAAAUACAGAAAAGUACCCCAAGCUGAAAAGACUGUAAAUUCACAACUAGACUCAAUGUUAAACAUAAUAGCCGAACUUCUGAAAUUAGAUCAGCCAGACAAUAUUGAACUGUUCCCAAAAUCUGUGUACGGUUGGAUCCCAUGUGAAAAGAUUAAUGAUAUUUCCUUCGUUCUCAAUGAGGCUAUUAAACAAUCUGCCUUGGAAUGGUUCCAGCACUUGGUGGAGAACAACAAAUUAAUGGAAAACAGCAAGGAAAGCAAAUUGCAGCAGGCGAUUAAGGUUGUACAGUCCAUCAAGACAGACAUACAAAAGAGUAUCGAGUCACUUGACAAAGCUUUUUACUUGAAAUUAAAAAUGCAAUACUCAAAGGAACUAUUUGUAAUUUAUGAUGAUAAGAUUGCUGAAAUGGUCGAACCAUUAGUAAUUGAUAUUUGCACAUCCCUAAAACCGAUCAGAUUCAGAGGUAACGUUCCAGAUAUGGACAGCACUGAAAACGCCUCAUUGGCAAUGGGCACUUCACUUUUUGAACUGUACAUCGCCCUGCAGAGAUGUUUAGCGCUUGGCAAAGGAAUGCUCCCUGUGGAAAAUUCCACCUUUAAACUUAAAAGUUUCCACAACUGGUUUCACCAAGGUGUCGUACAGUGGUUGGACAUUGCAGUCUUUAAAGCUAUGCAGAGGAUAGACAAAGCAGUCGACCUGGACAAGCUAAUUCCAGUGGACAGUAUGACAAAGCAUUCCUCAUCUUCCACCGACACUCUGUUCAUUUUCUAUCAGAUCAAAAUAUUUUGGACACAGCUAGCAUGGCCUGAUGUCGAAGGAUCCUAUACAUUUGUAAAUAAGAUAAUAGAUGAUAUCUGCCGCUGUUCUGUUUAUUAUGUUGAUAAAAUGGGAAACAAAGUUGAAAAAAUAGGAGAGACGGAAUCAGCAUAUGGGAAACAAUUUGAAGUUACUAAUGAGUGGUGUUUGGCCAUAAACAGUAUUGACCAUGUAAGACAAUCUAUUAAACCAUUUGUUAGCGAAUUGGGCACUGAGGACAUAAUAAAAAAACUCUCUGAUAGCAAUGAUGAAAAGUCUGCACAGAAAUGCGAAGAAACACUACUGCGAGUGGUUGAAAACGCUGUCGAAACUGUCUGCACAAAAAUCAUUGAUUUAUUGGAAAGAAUGGCGCUUAAGAUGAGACCUUCGAUCAAAAGGUUUCUACUGGAGGGUGCAGAAUUGAUCUACCAGGGGAACAAUCACGUUGAAAGACUUAUGCAAUAUCUAGAUGGAAAUUUAAUGGCCUUACAUGAAAAUUUAUCACCGGAUAAUUUUGACAGGAUUCUUAACAUUUUAUGGGACAGUGUGUAUGACAUUUUAAUGGAGGUGGUUCAAGACAGUUUGGAGAAGAGAAGGCCACCAGGAUUUUUCGACAAUUUGGACAACACGCUGAAUAUUUUAGUGGGCUUUUUCAAGCAGACAGAGAAUGUUGAAAAGAAUGACAGUUAUAUUCAUAUAAAGCAACUGCUCAAAUUGCACGGUAUGGGAACCGACAGGCUAAUUCAUGAGUACUACCUAGAAAGACUGAACAAUCAAAGAUCACCCGACAGCCCUUCGUGUGGCCUUCUUACAGUCAAAGUUCAGUUCACAAAUUAUAUUCUCAGAGUGGAAAUAUUGAACGCACGCAACUUGAUGCCUCAUGAUUCUAACGGUUCGUGUGAUCCUUAUGUAAAGAUAAAUUUAUUGCCCGAAGAAAAAUUCGCCAAUGUUGAAAGACCGAGGACAAAGUCACAUAAGAAAAAUCUUUUCCCGCUGUUCGACGAGACUUUUUCCAUACAAUUAACAAGGGAACAGUUUGAAACACCCGAUGCCCUGGUUCAUUUUGUCGUCAAGGAUCAGGAUUUUUUUGGCGUUUCGGCCCAAUUCGUCGCUGAAACAUUCAUUCCAUUCAAUGACAUUCCAAGGACAACGAUGGAAACUUCAGUCCACGAAAUGAGUCAAGUCCACCUCAAACUGACAAAACCGAGUAGUUUCGAAUCCAAGUCAAUGAAAGCUAUCGAUCAUCGCCAAGGUGAAAAACUCGCACGAGAUUUUAUCAAGAAGCAAAAAGCUAAGAUGCUCAUUAAUAACAACAAUGGAAAUUAAUUUAUACAAAAUCAUUUAAGCAUCACCAAAGAUUACAAAGCGCAAAACAACACUUCUCAGCUCUAGUGCUAAAAUGAAUUGGGUUAUACCAUUUUCUCUCCAAACUAAACUGUUCAUGGAUAAAGUUGGAAUGUUCAGCACAAAGCAAAGUACUGUUGUUGAAUCUAAAAAACAAACAAAACUAAUUGACUAAAAAAAUUGAAGUUAUAUUCACUGAUGUUUUUCAAGAAGCCUAAAAGAUAGGUAAAAUGGAGGUUAUAUUUCUGGGAGUUUGGACAUACCACAGCGAAUAUAACCUCUACUUUCUCAUAAAUAUUUUUUUUAAAAACUAUCCUUCAUUUCAAGUAAAUGAUUUUUCUUACACCAUCUUAAGCUGCCUUAAAAUUAAUUAUAAAAGGUGAAAUGGAGGUUAUAUCCACAAUUUAUAUUUCUACAGGGUCAUGCGAUAACUGUUGUCAGUUGUAUUGUAAAUAUUUUUCCCAACCAUUUUGAAUGUCAUGCUUUGUACAUAAUUAGCUUACUUUGAUAAUAUAAUUUAAGAAAUAUAAAUUAUACAACAAAAUAAUGGUUUUGAUAUUGUGACCUUAAUUAUAAAGGGAGGGGAAAAAUUGUAUUCCUAUUCAACAUGUGAUGUCUUCAUGUAAUCAGGGAAAAUUAAUAUUUUGAUAAUAAAAUAUUUAAUACAAUUA